GUGCGACGCCAGUCGAUGUAGAACCUGCGCGCGCGCAUAUACUUCACCGCUCCCGAACUCUGCCCGACUCUAACCGAAGCCAAACCGCGCAUUCUAAUUUCAAAAAAUCAAACAUUUGUGCAGUGCAGUGAAAUUCGAAUUUUGACGCGUUAUAUGUGGUUGAGGCCUUGAGGGAUGUACUCGGAGUUUUGUGACAGUGAUUAGUGUUUUUUUUUUAUUAAAAAAUAAUAAUUUGUGUUCCAUUGGUAAAACAGAUAUGAACCAUAGACAACUAGUGACGUGACAUUCACAAUGUUGCAAUACGUCACCGUGACGCAACGUAAUCGGACAUCGGGGAAGUAGUGGUGCGCGUUACAAGCAAUACUCGAUAUCGCUUCUCGAUUACACGUACCCACGCAUGAAUACCCUGAUGCUCACGACUAGUGGACCAGUGGAAGAUCAGACUUGUGUCGACAGCAAUAUGUCUUUUUCAUCAUACAACAUGAUGGACUCUGGAGGGGCGGGCAUAGCAGAGUCACCCCCCACCUACCACAGAUCCUACGAGCAGUACGUCCAAGGAGGUGUAGAGAACAGCACCGAUUCAGCCCAAGACCAGACCAGCCCAGAGCUAGUUGUUUGGUCUACACUCCCUUAUGGCAUAGACUAUAGGGCUCAAUAUGACUACAGAAACCCUUAUGAAGCGACCAGGGAUUAUGCUCCUCAGCAGUACGCAAGGGCGCCGUUUACAACGAAGAUGGGGCAGGCCAAGGCGCUGAAAGAGGCGAGGAUACGGAGACCAAUGAACGCGUUCAUGGUAUGGGCGAAAGUGGAGAGGAAGAAACUGGCUGACGAGAAUCCAGAUCUUCAUAAUGCUGAUCUAAGUAAAAUGCUAGGUAAAAAAUGGCGUUCGCUGACUCCGCAAGACAGGCGGCCGUUUGUCGAGGAGGCGGAGAGGCUCCGCGUGAUCCACAUGACGGAGCAUCCGAACUACAAAUAUAGGCCACGAAGACGGAAGCAGAACAAAACUAGACCUAACCAACCGACCACCCCAGUGAGCGCUCCCCCUGGCGCGUCAGCCGCCCUCGGCUCUCCCUACGCCACUGCCACUGACUCGCCUGAUGCCCGAUUCUCACACAACCCUGGAGCGGGAUUCUCCCCCUACCGCACGUCUCCUCUCGCUUCUGACUCAUUCCAAUCUAAUCAACAAUUCAAUGGCCACGUCCAAACUCCCGAAUCUUCCCCUGCGAGGUCACCCGAGCCCCAGGGCAGGAGGAGCGCCCCGGCCGAGGCUCCAUUGCCAACACCAGAUGCCUCGCCCGUCGAGAACGAGAAAGAGAACUUCCAAUAUGAGGAGAGGCGGAGAGCUAUCAACGCUUCAUCUCUGUCAGACUCUUACUCGCCCUAUAAGACGUACAGGACGCCAGGAUCAUUCUCGCCUGCGCCGGUCGCAGCCAUGGGCAUGGCCAACGGCAUGUAUGUCAUGUGCACGCAGAGGAACAACGCGGAACAGCCGCCGCUAGUGACGGGAACAUUCUUCCCACCGGUCGCGACCUCGCAAGACCAACAAGCUUUAGGCACGAGCACUCCACGAGUCUCAUCUGCUCCCAGUGGCUCCAUGCCAGCGGAGUAUAGCAUUCAGUACCAUCCUUACGAGCAGUACGAGCAGAUGUAUAAAACUGAGGACACUUACGUGUCGCAUUACCCAGAUCAGCCCAAAUCUGAAUACGACACUGGUGGUUCGUAUUUUUCUGAAGAGCCACCGCCAAAUACUCCCCAAGAGUCUGAUCCGAACUAUAUGAAUCAGCGUCCAGAAAUACGGACGGGAUCACCUGAUUCUGACGUGGAUGCUCGAGAGUUCGACAAGUAUUUAGAUUACGGGGCUGAAGGUGCUAUGGAGCAGCACCAACAGCAGUACAGAUACGAGCAGCAGCAGUACUCGAGGCCCCCUUACUGCGGCGAGCAGCCACCAGGGCCGGAGUACUGUUCCGAGCGGAUGUACCCGUCUCCCUACGCUUCUGUGAUCUCCGCACCCCCCUCUGUGGCGUACGCUCCCCCCGCCCCGGGCGCUGACGUCAGACCUGAAGACGAAUUCAGCGUCAUUUUGGCCGGGGUGCGACAAACCUGCUACAGCAACUGACUAUAGGGGACUGACAUGGGACAGUAAGGACAUACUUCCUAAAUAUAGCCCAAAGAUUAAACCGUCUUGGUCUUUCAAAUUUAGUGACUGCAAUAUAGGAAAAGCGCAUAAGAUAUUAUUAUAUUAUACUAAAUAUUUCCAGUUGAAUGAUUGUAAAGAAUAUACUUAGGUUUUUUUUAUUAAUGUGUAAAUAUAUCAAUUGUACUGUAUUAUCAUUUCUGGAUCUUAUAAACAAUUAUUCUUUUUAUCUAGAAAUGGUAAGUCAGCGCUCAUAUUUACUCGUUAUAGCGAUUUUCUAUUACUCAUUUAAAUCAAAUUAUUGUUAAUGAAUAGAAAAAGGCUGUUUAAAUAUACGAAUAAUGGAAUCACGAAUUGGUGCUAUGUAAAAAUGAUCUAACUCAAAAGUAAUAAUAAUUUUGCGUGACAAAAUCAGCUUGCAAUGUGGUAUCGAAUAUUCCUAUGUAAAAGUUUAUUUAUUUGUAACUAUUUUUGUGUAUAUUUCGUAGUUAAAAAAAUAACAAAAGUAUCUGUUUAAUCGAAAUAUUAGUUCUUCCUUUAAGCCUGUAGAUAUAGAGUGUAAGUUUUAUUUUUGUAAUAUUUUAUUUAGAGUUAAUAAUAUUAUGUGUAUAAAUUGUAAGUUGAUAAAUAAAAAUGUCUCAUAGUUAUACUUGUACUAAAAUUUUAGAUAAAUGUUUAGAUUAUGUUGCAAUUUGUAGCGUCUUAGAGAAACCACACGCACUGCGAAACUUGUUCUUUAUAAUUGUAAGAAAAUUUAUAAGAGCAAUAAAAGCUAUAUUCUACA